GGACUUUGAAUAUGUCGGGGAUCGCCCUCAGCAGACUCGCCCAGGAGAGGAAAGCUUGGAGAAAAGACCACCCGUUUGGUUUUGUGGCUGUCCCAACAAAAAACCCCGACGGCACAAUGAACCUCAUGAACUGGGAGUGCGCCAUUCCAGGAAAGAAAGGGACGCCGUGGGAAGGAGGACUGUUUAAGCUACGGAUGCUUUUCAAAGACGAUUAUCCGUCCUCACCACCAAAAUGCAAAUUUGAACCACCAUUGUUCCACCCAAAUGUGUACCCUUCGGGCACGGUGUGCCUGUCCAUCCUCGAGGAAGACAAGGACUGGCGGCCAGCCAUCACGAUUAAGCAGAUCUUACUAGGAAUACAGGAACUUCUAAAUGAACCAAAUAUCCAAGAUCCAGCUCAAGCAGAGGCCUACACAAUUUACUGCCAAAACAGAGUGGAAUACGAGAAGAGAGUUCGAGCACAGGCCAAGAAGUUUGCACCCUCAUAAGCAGCGACCUCGCGGCAUCUAAAAGGAAGGGAUUGGUUUGGCAAGAACUUGUUUACAACCUUUUUGCAAAUCUAACGUUGCUCUGUACAAUUACUAGUCACCGGGGGAGGGUUGGACGGGCGCCAUUUUCCAUUUCCGCCACUGGUACACAGUUCUCGACUCGCUGAAUUGCCCAGAUUUUCAUACAGGGUCUCUUCCUUCAGUCUUUUGUAUUUUUGAUUGUUAUGUAAAACUUGCUUUUAUUUUAAUAUUGAUGUCAGUAUUUCAACUGCUGUAAAAUUAUAAACUUUUAUACUUCGACGAGCCGCCAGCGCUCGGUGCCCGCUCGCGGACGCGGCAUGCUUCUCCCGGUCAGCUGCGCGGCCCCAGCUGGCUGCAUGAGGAAGGACCCCGCCUGGCCCUCCCGCCGCACCGUUCUCUCUGCAGAACCCGGGUUGUGUUGCUUACGAGCCCCAGAUCCAAAGUCAGCCAGCGCCUCGUCUCCGCAUCACUUCCUUUGUGUUUAUAUGGCGUUUGUCUGUGUUGCUGUUUAGAGUAAAUAAACUGUUUAUAUAAAGGUU